ACAGCAAUCCAGAAGUGACCGAAGGAAGAAUCGACAGCAAAGUAAGUUUGCGUGUGUUUUUAUAGUUCCUAACUUACGGAUGCGGUCUCAGGAAGGCCCCCGCUGAGAAAUGGAGCUGCGGGAGGACGCCUCGCCAGCUUCGGCCUUCGAGAAGGACGCGUUCCAGCUUACCGUGGAGGACGUGUACGACAUCUCCUACGUGAUCGGUCGAGAUUUACUCAAGAUCAGCAGCUCAGGUGAGGAAGUGUCGGACCUGCAGUUCCGGAUCGUCCGCGUUCUGGAGCUGUUCGAGACGGUGGUGAAGCAGUACAACCUGUCGGUGGAGGAGCUGAGGCUGGAGAGGGACAACCUUAAGACCGAGCUGGACCGUAUCCUCGGGGAGAACUGCACGGAGAACGGCCCGCCGGCAGUGGGACCCGAUCAGUUGGUGAUUGACCUGAAGGACCCCAACAGACCCCGGUUCACCAUGCAGGAGCUGAAGGAAGUGCUCCAAGAGCGGAACCAGCUUAAGGCCCAGCUGAUGGUGUCACAGGAAGAGCUCCAGAUGUACAAGAGUGGCAGGCUACCAAUGGAGCCAGGUAUGGUGGAGAUAGACCUGGAAUCUCCCCCUGCCACCGACAACGGCUCGGCUGCAGGCGACGACGCCAGAGAGGAGCCGAAAGAUGAGAGAACAGCCAUCUCAAAACUGUUUUCAUUCAGGAGAAAAUGAGGAUUACUUCUUACAAUACGGGACCAAUUUAUUAACACACAAGCCAACAAGGAUUUUUUUCCACAUAUUUUUGCAUUUUUUUAUACAACUUUUUUAAGCUUUUUUGUAAUCCAUAGGAUGCAAUAGCAUGUGAUGCAUUAGACAUUUUAAAGGUGCAGUGUUUAUAAUUUAAUGGAAUCAAGAACAAUAGACUUGGCAGAAAUGUAAUAUAAUAUUCAUAAGAAUGUUUUAAUCAGUGUAUAAUCCCGUGAAAAAACUAGAUAAGAGUGGUACUGCUAAAUGCCACCAAAUCCUACAUUGAACCUUUAACAAGUGAAGGACAAUUAUGCAGGGGAUUGUUUCUGAUGAUGUACAUGGUGUUAACUUGAAAGUAUUGACAUAAUCUCAUCCUGUCUCAGGACCAUACUGCUUAGUAUUCAAUGAAGAACUUUCUGAAGUAUUCAGUCCUAGAUGUAUUUAGAUGAUCGUCAAUAGUUAAGCAAUUGCUUUUUCAGCACCGGAAAGAUUUACCAGCCCAGCAAUAGUCCAGUGUUCUGGUUAAAACCAGACUAUGGGAUUCUGUACCCAAAGCAAACACACUUGAAUAAAGUGAUCUAUACAAUUUCUAGACAGACAGAAUUUUCAGCGUUUUGUUAUGAUUGUGCUGCCAAGUAGCAACGCUAUUAAUCUCAGGGGAGAAUUUGCUAUUGUCCUACAAAUGCACUUGGAUGUUAGUUCAGAUAUGCAAGUCAUGAGUUUAAACUACUCCUUUUAUUGCCUGCAUGUGUGAUGGGCCACCCUCUGCUCACAGCAGUUUUAAAUGGAGGACCUCAGAACUGACAAAGUAUUACGAUUCAAAGUUAAAUGCACAUCCCCUCAAUCUCAUUUCAGAAAAUGCAACAAUUUUCACUGAUUUAUUUCUCAAUUUACAAUAUGGCUUUAGCCACAACAGUGAAACAGAAUGGUAAAUACAAGGAACUCCUACAGGGUAUACAAAUACUUCUCAGAAGAAAUGGUAUCCCUCACUCUUAAACUAUCAUUUUACGA